UAUGUGUAUUUCCUACUUGUGUAGCCCUGCUUUUUCAAAGACAGGAGGGCCGCAGGCUAGGGAAUUAGAUAAAAAAGAAAAACAACAGAAUCAAUGCAUGAGGAGAUGACACGAUCAGAAAACGCUUAUUGACUCAGAGCAGCCUCGUCCGUGGUGAUCAAGUAUACAUCAUCAGAGGUACAACUAGGACGCGAGUAUCGACGAUGAAGUUCCUGCUCUUGCUUGAGCGCUACAAACAUCGUUGGUUUCUUUAUCAUCGAGGGGCUCGUUCAAUAUCGAUGCUUCUGUGGAUUUGGGUCGUUGUAAAUUUGUCGGCCUUAUUUUUCCCUGCCUGGUUUGCCGGUACCUUAACCUUUGGUCCGGAAGGCCAUACGUCAGAUGCAACAAUACGAGCUUCUGCUCCGAUCCUUUUCGUCGCAGCGAGGUCACUCUUUCACCUUCCGAGCGCCUCAGCUGAAUACUCCCGGCUGGGUUUUUCGGACGCACAAGAACUGGUGGAGGCUUCCGGUGAAAAUGAUGAUGUGGGACAGCGACAGAGGACUUCCCCGAGCGGGUUGCUGCAGCGGGGAAAGGGUAAUGGGAGCCGAAGUUCGCAUGGGGAUGGGACAGCCGCUUUCAGGAAGCGAAGCCCCGAUCUCGACGAGGAGAGCCAAAGUGGUGGUCGUUCUGCGUAUCAAACAAAAGUUGAAAAGCGUCAAGCCUGAUCAGUACUGCGAAGUGUUUUGGAUGCAAAUUUCAUUAGUGAUUGGAAACCAAAUGGAAACGCCUUUUGUUGCACGAAAAGACUUCUAGGGGCCUGUUGUUUGUCUUAGGUUAAGGUUGAUUCUCAUUCAUUGGGUACCUAUGAUUUCAUUUUUCCUAUCCUGUCAUGUCAGGAGUCCGCGUUGCUAGCAUAUGAAUUGUGGGCAGCUCCUCCUUUGCCAUGCAUAUAUGUAUUACAGAGUCCGGUUAUUUCGCUUUUCCGGCUACGCGAAUUUUUCAACACGAUUCUACUGCUUCUCGUUCUCUGUACUCCAUGUUGAUCGGAGGAGCGCCCGCAGCAAUACAAGAAGAGCAACCGCGCCAUGAAGAAAGUUUGUCAAGACGACCAUUGCGUGGUUCGUCUUGGCACCCACUGGCCCUGAAUGAAGCUGACGAUCGAGAACAUUUCUACGUCGACAGGAGCGCCAGACGUGACCAGCAUCAACCACGAGAAGGCCGCGACGUUCCUCGCGAGCGGCGACACGAUAGGAGAGCCGCCCGCUCUCCUGGUUCGCGCAGCCGCGCAGGAAGUACUAACAGGAAAAACGAUAGAUGGUUCGGGACGAACAGAAACAGUUGUGAGGAAAUCGGCGAGGACUUUUCUGAUUCGGAUCUUGACGAAGAUGAACAACAAGGCGAGCAAUUGCCUUCCUGCUGUGCAAAAUUCCAUAACAUUUGCGCACCUUCGGUUUCUGACGACGAGUAUUUUGAGCAGAUAGAACAGGAGGAGGCGUCGCUGCGAAAUGGUUGCACUAGCGCAGGGGGCGUAAACGCGGCACGGCCGAUGCAACAGGCCUUUACCAUGCGCUUUGAUUCGUACGAAGUGGACCCCUCUUCGUCCAUCAACCCCAAGCGACUGCGCGAGGUACAGUCAGCGCUCUUUCAGCUCUUCUGCGACGAGGAGGACGCGGUCGAGAGCAACACGACAACCACACCGGCGGGGGCACCCAGAAAUAUUGGGCAACACGGUGCCACUUCUCGACGUCCGUCUCCGCCGCCAGGAAGAUCAGCUUCUGCGGAAGCGGGAAAUGUGCAACCAGAGGAGGGUUCGUCGUAUGUACCACCACGUGGCGUCGACACCGACACACCGAUGGCCAAUGCCCACCGGUACCGCGUCGAGCAGUUGCGCCGCGUCCUGGGAGGCCACUCGCCGACGGAAGCCGAGUUUUCGGCCCUGAUCGCCAAGGUGCCAUGGCUGGCGACGGAGGAAGGCCAGGCGUGGACGCGGCGAUUGCCUUGGGCCGUGGACCUUGUGAAGGCUGAAAUUCACCGGCGCCAGUUCCUGUGCGGUGCGAUGAGUUGUUGCUGUCUGUUUUCGGGGCUCUGUGCCGCGCAAGCCGCCGGAGCGGGGCCGCACCUAGUCUGCAUCAACAUCGACUGUGGGUUGUGGGUAUGCAUCGCACAAAUUGCAUCGUGUCUGUUGGUAAGCUCCUACGCUACGCAUGCCAGAUUCUCCUUGGAGUGAAACAUGCUGGAUCUUCUCCUUGGAGUGGACAUAGGUAUGCGAAUAUGUUUAUCAUACAUUUUUACGAAUGGAUAUGGAAAAGCAAGGAGAUAUUCAUAUUUAUGUUCGCUUUUCCUUUAUUCGCUUUCGCACACGAUUACAACGAUGAUUUUGUGCAGGAUAGCGGGCGCGAAUUGUUAGCGGUGCAACGUCACUCUGGUUGGCGCAAAGCACCGGCUACUGUCCCUUCUGUUUACAGGAAGAAAGCUAUCAUGCGAUACAACUUUGCGGCUCAUGCGCGCACCAGCAUCCGCGCCACCUCAAAGUUUCGUGAUCGAGACGCGUGCUUCGACAGAUGUGCGUCGUCAUCCUUACAUUUUCAUUCAUCCGUAACCGUAUCGCAAUCGGUCUCUGAAAAAAUGAAAAAGCGCCGUUGACCGGCGGUGUUUGGUCAACGAGCACUGCAUGGUGGAUGAAAUUUGAAUCAGGAAUACAUAUGCGAGCGAGAUAAAGACAUGUAUGUCGUUUCUUUGAAAGUGAACUCUGAGUUCGAGGCGUGAAAAGAUGUAUUUGUUGUUCACAAAAGCCGGCCCAAGCCGGCCCACGAGCAUGCUGAGCAGGCAUUCGGGAGACGAAAUUCGCUGCCGCCGAUUGCCGCACCCAGAGCGCAGCUUCGCGGGCUGUCAGGCGUGUUUGCGGGCCACCGCUGA